AUGAAUUUCUACAGGGAUGCAACAUGGGUACUGGAAGAUAUCGAGAAGGAGGCUGCGAAAGAGAGAAUUUCCGGUUCGAUGCAGACACUGGUACUGAGGAGUUGUAAAAAGUAUAAGCUGAAAAGCAAUCCAAAACAUAUCUAUGCAGUGCUCGAUUCCUGUUGGAAAUAUAAACCCUAUUUAGAAAAAGUGAUGAAAAAGGCUCGUAUAUUGGAAGAUAUUCCCAAAAAGAAAGGCAAACCACUUUUUUCAAGAUUAACUUUGCUACUAUUGUGCCAUGAUUUGCUACUGUCCAAACAAAAAAGAAUUCAAAUGGGUAAACACCCAAUUAAAGAUUACGUGUUGAAGUUCAAGAGUCCAUUGCAUAGCGAAAUGGUCAAACUGAAGCUCAAAUUAAAAGUAAGAGAUCUAUCCGAGGUUGUUCUUAGCGAAGACAUUACCAAUGAUCUUCCUCCUGUCAGAUGGAUUAGAAUCAAUCCUUUAAAAUGUCAUCCAAAUGGUGACACUGAGCCCGUGUUGGCAGAAUUGAGAAAGAAGUUCACUCUGAAGGUCAAUAAAUGGUCUGAUUUAGUUCCUGGCUCCAUAUAUUAUGAUGAAUAUAUACCUAACUUGUUUGGAAUUCAUCCAACUGACAAGAUUACAGCACAUGAACUCUAUAAGCACGGCAAAAUCAUUAUUCAAGAUCGUGCUUCUUGUUUUCCUGCUCACAUCUUGCAUCCAGGAGCGGAUGAUAUUGUAAUAGAUGCCUGCUCUGCCCCAGGCAAUAAAACAACACAUACAGCCUCCUAUAUAUGUUCUGGACCACCAAAAGACAACAUAAUCCGAAUAUACGCUUUUGAGAAGGAUCCAGAAAGGGCAAAAAUUUUACAAAAAAUGGUCAAGGUAGCUGGCUGCUCUUCCAACAUUGAUGUCAAAGUGGGUGAUUUUACAAAAUUGGCUACCCCUGACAAAUGUAAGGGCGCUACAGGAUUUAUUGUAGAUCCAAGUUGCUCCGGUAGUGGCAUAUUUGGUCGUAAGUUUUUUGAUUCACUUAAUAAAAGAAAAAUGGAUGAAAAGGAUGAUGACAAUGAUGUUAUACCAGAUGAACAAGAGGAGUUUAUGGCAAAAGAAGAAUUGCAAACAAGAUUAGCAAAGCUAAGCUCGUUCCAAUUUCAGAUGGUAAAGCAUGCAAUGAGCUUUCCAGCAGCUAAAAAAAUAGUAUACAGUACAUGUUCCAUUCAUGCGGAGGAGAAUGAACGUGUUGUGAUAGACCUGCUUUUAGAUAAGGCGGUCCAAGAAUGGGGUUGGAAAGUAGCACCAAGAACUGAAGUUAUUCCCUCCUGGCCUAGACGAGGUAAAGUGGAAGAAUUCGGUGAGGUCUUCAGAGAUGGAACUGCUCACAAUCCUCGACAACUUGCCGAAGGCUGUAUCAGAGCUCUACCAAAGGAAGACGGCGGUAUCGGUUUUUUUGCUGUCUGUUUUGAGAGAAAGUAA